AUGCCGUUGAUGCCGUUCUUCCUUCUUGUUGACAUGACGACCUUGGCAGGACAAAUAUCCGAUGACAAGCACAUCUUGGGAGACUUGGUUCCCAAAGCUGGGACGUUAUUGAAUGCCGGUCGAUUGAAAAAUUGCAGUUUGACGUUUCAGAGCAAGAAUGUUCAUCAUGAAGGUGAAGCAGCAGUGUCAUUAUUCAUAGGUAUAACCCAAAAACGCAUAGCUGGACUGAUUUAUGCUUAA